UUCUGGUUAUUAUGUUACUCCGUCUUCUCCCUUGGGCUCCUCUGAUCAUAACAUCUGACUUGUAUCUUGUCAAAUUUUAACUCUUUCAAGAGACAAAUUUCAAGACACUUUUCCUCAUAAUUUUUUAUCAUCUUUGAAUAUUCUCUGGGGACAGGCACCUUCAGUGGGCCUUUUCCCAGACUUUUUGUUGCCCUUGGCCAGACCCCCUCUUACAUUAAGAAAAAAAAAAAAAGGCAAGUGAGUAAAAUUAAAAGAUUCACGAGUGUGUUGUAGGGUGUGGCCAUCCUCCUGCUGAUGACGCUGGAGACAGUGGCCGUCACGUGGGUGUACGGGCUCCGGCAAUUCACCCGGGACAUCCACUUCAUGCUGGACCGCUCAACAGGACUCUUCUGGCGCAUCUGCUGGGGAAUCCUCAACCCAACCUUCCUGGCCGUGGUGUUUGUCUACAGUCAGGCGCAGCAUCAGGACCUCACCUGUGGUACCUACGUCUUCGACACCAUCCCCACCGGCGUGGGUUCAACUAUGGCGGUGACAGCAGUGGCUCUUGUGCCUCUGAUGCUCCUGAAGGAGGUGAUUAACAAGUAUGGUGCCUCCCAAGGGCUGCAGCGCGCCUUAAUCGACGUCUUCACUGCCACGUCAGAAUGGAGCCCCAAGGACCCCGCCCUGCGACAGGAAUACCGCAACCCUGCAAGCGACCGAGGACAAGACAGCGGCGUGGCGAUCCUGUGACCGAUGUUGCCCUUGGGCAAUGUGACACACAUUGACUCUCUCUCUCUCUCU